AUGUCUCUUUACCGCAUUGGAGUAGACGUCGGUGGGACCAACACGGAUGCGGCCAUUCUCGACAUCCGCGCCGUCGACACGCCCGGUCGUGGAGUCCUCGCCUCCCACAAGGCUUCUACCACCAGGGACAUCACCAGCGGCAUAGAGUCGGCGAUCCGCGCCGUCAUUCGUGACUCAAAGAUUGACCAGGGUCGUGUUUUGAGCGUCACUAUCGGAACUACGCACUUCAUCAAUGCACUGGUUGAGGCAGAUGCAAGGAGGCUAGACCGGGUCGCUGUCGUUCGACUAUGCGGCCCCUUUACACGGCAGCUUCCGCCUUUUUCGGACUUCCCUGUCGGUCUCCGGAGUAUCCUUGAUGGAGGAGUCCACUAUCUCGACGGUGGUCUUGAGAUUGAUGGGAGAGAGAUUGCGCCUCUGAACCCUCAGCAAAUCAGACAAGCUGCCCGAGAUAUCCUUGCAUCAGGCAUCAAGGCUGUUGCUCUCGUCGGCGUUUUCUCUCCACUCGACCACGAGGGUCUGCACGAGGAACAGUGCAAGAAAAUCAUCCUCGAUGAGGCUCCAGAACUUUUAGUUGUGUGCUCUCACGACAUUGGACCUACUGGCUUCCUGGAGCGAGAGAAUGCCACCAUCCUCAACGCCGCUAUCCUCCGGACAGGCCUCCGGGUCAAGAAGGGCUUUAAGCGAGCAAUGGCACGACUUCAACUCACUUGUCCACUCUACCUUUCUCAAAACGAUGGUACCUUGAUCGAUGCCGACACUGCAGCCGAGUAUCCUAUCAAGACCUUUGCCAGUGGUCCUACAAAUAGUAUGACGGGUGCUGCGUUCCUGGCUGGACUUGAUUACAAGAAGCAAGCGGACGCAACAUCCGAACCCGACUCGGUGGAACCUCAAGUCCUUGUCGUCGAUAUUGGUGGUACUACCACUGAUGUGUGCGCCCUGUUGCCUUCAGGUUUUCCCCGUCAGGCCCCCGGCUUCGUCGAAGUUGGAGGUGUUCGCACAGCCUUUUCCAUGCCUGAAGUCGUCUCUAUUGGCUUGGGUGGCGGCAGCAAGGUCCAGGCCGACUCCGAGACUGACAAGCUUACCAUUGGACCUGCUUCUGUUGGUCAUUGUAUUCAGCAAGAGGCCAAGGUGUUUGGAGGCCAGACCUUGACGGCGAGUGACAUUGUUGUUGCUCUGGGCAAGGCAGAGCUUGGAGAUGCCGCUCUCGUCAAGGAUGUACCUGGGUCAGUUGUCGAAAAGGCGCGCAAGGAGCUGAAGAAGAUGUUGGAGGGUGUUGUUGAGCAGAUGAAGGUCUCUUCAGCUCCAACUCACGUUCUCCUCGUCGGAGGUGGUGCUCUGCUUGUUACUGAGGAUCUCGACGGCGUGGACAAGUGCAUCGUACCGAUUCACCAAGGCGCUGCCAAUGCUGUUGGUGCUGCGAUUGCCAAGGUCUCUGGCGAGAUUGACAUUGUCGAGAUCCCUGAAGGACGUUCUGAAAAGGAGGUUAUCGACGCUGCAUGCGCCAAGGCUGUUGAUCUGGCUGUUCAGAAGGGAGCAGCCAAGGAAGGCGUGCAGAUUGUUGAGAUCAACAAGAUGCCUCUUCAAUAUACGCCCAAUGGUGCGAUGCGCAUUCAGAUUCGGGCCGUCGGUCAUCUUGCAAUUCCCAGCGAGUUGACCCCUCCCUCUUCCCCUCCUUUGUCGACGGAGCAAGAAUAUGAGGAGGAUGAGGGGGACAAGGUCAGCGUACCUGAUGCCCUGGUUCCCACCUACAAGCCAUCUCUCCACGUCGAUUUGGAAACCUACCGGCCUGACGUACAAGAUGGCAUUUGGUACGUGUCAGAAGUUGACUUGGAGAUGAUGGCUACCGGAUGCGGAGUUCUUGGAACUGGAGGCGGUGGUCCUACGCAUCACGAAUUUCUCAAGGGCUUGCACGCUCUACGAACCGGGGGUCACAGGAAGAUGAGGAUUAUUUCUCCAAAGUCUCUCAAGGAUGACGCUGUCCUUUGCUUUGGCUCUUGGUACGGUAGUCCCAGUGUUAUCAACGAACGGAUCGCUGGUGGGACCGAGAUUUCUUCUGGCAUCAAUGCUGUCAACAAGGUUGUUGGGAACAAGUCUUUUGAUGGCAUGUUUAUUGAUGAGAUUGGUGGUGGAAACGGUCUGAGUGCUUUUCCUACCGGCGUUCACUUUGACGUCCCGGUUGUUGAUGGAGAUGCUAUGGGUCGAGCUUAUCCUACCAUGUAUCAUGCCACUUUCAGCGUGUACGGUCAUUCUCUCGUUCCUUGUGUGGUCUCUGACGCCCGGGGAAAUGCAGGCGUGGUUCUGCAACAGAAUGCGGACUCACCUGUAAGGUUGGAGAGUAUCCUUCGAAAUACUGCCAUCGAGCUUGGUCUAGGCUGCGCUGUGUGCGCGAACCCGCUGUCCGGCGCAGCGAUCAAGUCCCACGGUGUCCCCAACACCCUCUCUCUAGCGUGGUAUCUCGGCCGCGCUGUUCAUGCUGCUCGGCGCCAGAAGUCGAGUUACAUAGAUGCCAUUUUUGACGUCUGUGCUGGAAAGCUCCUCUUCACUGGCAAGAUUAUUGAUGUCCGUCGUCAUGUUGGCGGCGGCUACACCAUGGGAGCUGUUGUCAUUGCUCCUCUGAAUGAAGAUGAGCGAGAGUCUGCUGGCUCAAGUCAACAAUCUGCCCCGACUGACAGCCACAUGUUUAUCCCCUUCCAGAACGAGUAUCUGUACGCCGCCUUGAGCGAUGCGGAUGGCUCGGAAGAUUCUCAGAAGGUGGUAUGCACAGUCCCAGAUCUCAUUUCUAUCUUGGGCCAGGAUGGCGAGGGUAUUGGCUCUCAGGAUUUAAGGUAUGGUCUGAGGGUUAACGUCAUUGCGCUACCUUCGCACCCGCUUUGGAAGUCGGAGGAGGGUAUCAAGGUGGGAGGACCGGAAGGAUUUGGACUCAAGAUGCCAUUCACCGGAGUUGAUAACGACUUUACCGAGGCCCGGAGUGUUAUUGAGGAGUUUGGGGUAUAA